ACUGCUUCAAGAAGAGUCAGCCUUCGUGAACGAAAACGUGAUCUCAGCAAGAUGGCGAUAAGAUAUAUCGUGAUGCUGACUGCUAUGUUGGCUGUAGUCUACGUUCAAGCGGAGUCUCCCAUUGUCGGUCAGAAUCCGCAACAAACCUUAGUUGCACCUGCGGUAUCGGAAGUUGCACCGCUGAAACUGGAAGCGGCAUCGGACGAAGUGGCCGAGACGCAAUCGCGUAACAAAAGAGCGCCAAUUUUACUAAAAAAGGCUCUCUUGGGUGGUGCUCUCCUCGGUGCUGGAGCCUUGGGUGCUGGAGCCUUGGGUGCCGGAGCUUUAGGUGCCGGAGUUCUCGGUGCUGGAGUCAUUGGCGGUGGACUGUACGGGGCUAAACACUUUGCUGGUGGAUAUGGUGGAUAUGGCGGAUAUGGUGGAUAUGGCGGAUAUGGAAGAUAUGGAGGAUAUGGAGGAUAUGAAUAUCCCCAUUAUCAUAGUUAUCCCUCUUAUCAGUAUCACUACCACAGCCAUCCCCAUUAUCAUAAUUACCACCACUAUGGUUAUGGACCAGGUUAUGGCUAUUGGUAAAUUGAGACUGACUUCGGAUCAACGCAUUAUAGGUAAUUCAGUCUAUAGAGAAGGAUCUCAUAAACAAAGUAGCACAAAAAAAUUGAAAAGUUCCAACUCGUUCAUCCACAAUCGUGGCAAAACCACAACAGUGUGCAAAUGGCACAGUCACUUUCAAUUGCUUAUAUCUCCUUUAAAUAUUCAUAUUUUUUGGACAUCUGAUUUUAUUCAAUAAAGAAACCUUAA